UGCGGCUAUGGGGCGCCGUUUGUAAAAACUCUGUUACAAUUUUUUAGCUGAUACAUUUUCAACAUUUAGCUCACUUUCCUCACAUUUAGCGCAUUUUCCUCACAUUUGAGAGAAAUUCAUGUAGAACAACAUGUUAUAUUUAAUUGUCAACAAUAUGAUCAAAUGUACAAAAUCCAUGUUAGAAAUUAUAUCUAAAUGUUAUAUCUAAAUCUAAAUGUUAAAUAUAAAUAUAAAUGUUAAAUAUAAAUAUAAAUGUUAAAUUUUUAUCUAAAUGUUAAAUGUUAAAUAUAAAUGUUAAAUCUAAAUCUAAAUGUUAAAUUUAUAUCUAAAUGUUAAAUCUAAAUCUAAAUGUUAAAUGUUAAAUCUAAAUGUUAAAUCUAAAUCUAAAUGUUAAAUCUAAAUCUAAAUGUUAAAUGUUAAAUCUAAAUGUUAACUCUAAAUGUGUCGCCAAGUGUAAAGCUAAAUAUUUAGAAAAUAUUCAAAUCCCCAAUGAAACCACGCCCGCUUGAAAUCGCGCGGCAAAGAUCGAGCGGCAAAGUCAAAGACAAAGACAAAGACAAAGUCAAGCAGGCAUGGCCGGUUCUCUGGGAGUCCUGGACAUCGAACGGGUGGUUAUUGCAGCUGUACGGGCUGCACUCCAGGGUGUAGCUCCCCCGGUCCAGUCCACGUCAGCAACGGUUUCAACACCAGCGGUGCCCAGUGCCUCAGGCACUUCCAACUUUGCCACCACCGUCACAUCACUGAGAUCAGGUGAACAUACUUUAAUCUCCAAAGAAGACAUUGAGGGUUUGCUGCUGCUAGGUACAACACUUUCUGAAGUAGCUUCAAUCCUGCGGAUCUCCAGACCCACAUUAUACAAGCUCAUGCGGGUAUAUAACAUAAGACGCACAAAAUGUUGUAACCUUUCUGAUGAGGAGUUGGAUGCAACUAUAUGGGAGAUAAAAGCAGAACAUCCACAUGUAGGAGAAGUUAUGCUUAAUGGACAUUUGCAUGCCAGAAACAUUGUGGUGCAGCGACGUCGUCUCAGAGACUCCGUUCAACGGGUUGAUGGUGCUGGUGUUGAGUCCAGGAGAACAACAACUAUACAAAGACGAGUAUACACUGUGCCUUGUCCAAACUAUAUAUGGCACAUAGAUGGAAAUCAUAAACUGAUAAGAUGGAAAUUAGUUGUACAUGGGGCAAUGGAUGGUUACAGUAGAAUGUUAACGUUUCUCCAGUGUUCCAACAACAAUCGGGCUGAAACUGUCAUGAACCACUUCAGUUCAGCCAUCAGCAAACAUGGCCGGCCCCUUCAUAUUAGAACUGAUCAUGGAGGGGAGAAUGUCCAGGUUUGGGAAGACAUGAGCAUGCACAGAGGUGAACAUUCUGUGUUGACUGGAAGCUCUGUACAUAACCAGCGAAUUGAACGAUUCAAUCAGGACUUGAACAGAAACUGCAGUCAUGUGUUUGCACCCAUUUUCUAUGAACUAGAGUCAAUGGAGGCUUUGAAUGUGGACAAUGAUACCGAUUUAUUUUCUCUUCAUUAUGUGUACAUUCCCAGGAUCAAUCGCACAAUAGAUGAGUUUAAAUCUGCAUUUAACAAUCAUUCAAUUUCCUCUGAAGGAAACAGGACCCCAGUUCAGCUUUUUACACUGGACAGACAUCUUCUGUUACUAAACUACCCAGAAUCAGCAGCUGAGGAAAGAACAGUGGACUCAGUAUCAACUCCUCUUGCACAUUACUCAUUUUGCCCACUUAACCAGCAGGACUUGCAAGAAUUGGUUAUUACAGUAAACCCACUUGAGAAUGACGGUAAUAAGGGAAAAACAUUGUAUCACAGAGUACAGGAAUUUGUAUUACACAAAAUUGUAAAUAUGUAAAUGUAUAUACAUUUAUAUAUAUAUUUUAGAACUGAGAUGAUUAGUUAUCAACUAUUGAAUUGAUUGAACUAUUUUGAUAGUCAAUUGGUAGUCAUUUUGU